AUGACGGCUGUCCUGAUGGCUCUUCCUUCCGAAGGGACGGUUGGGAUCUGUCCACCGGCAACCGACGGUAGCCGGUUACGUCAGAGGCCGGAACGUACAGGGUUCUUUUCAAACGCCCUUCUCCUCCGCCUCCAUGCCGAGCAUGACCGGUCAGCAAUGCCACCAUCCACGGGAAGGCCAAGAUCUGGUGCAUCGUCAUCCUCUCCACCUCCUACGGCCGCUACCGCCAGUUCCUCCCGGAGCUCGGUGGCAACUGCGACAGCCCCGGCUCUACCUUCCCCUCUCUUUCUCCUCCCCCGCCCCUUCGGCCUCUACGAUCUCCUCUAUAAGGACCAUCCCCUCCUCCUCAAGCCCCACGACAACAAAAUCUGCCUUCCAGACGAAGAUGUGGAGGCCAAGGCCAUUGACGGCGAGGGGAUUGGUAAUGGGAUCGAGGGAGAUUUGGACGGAGGAGGCGGCGAGGGCGUCGCACAUGCCCGAUGGACGAACCUAGGGCCGAUGCAGGUGACGGUGGCGGCGAACGUUGCGGCCGUAGACGGUAGUAGAGGAGCAGGGGAAGCGUAUGAGUUUAUGGCGACGGCGGUGGUGGAGGCGGAGGGGUUGGCGAUGUCGCACAAGGCAACGACGAAAAUCUUCCUGGUGGUGGUGGUAGCAUCGCGUGCCCACCUCAAGUUCUAUUGAUUCCGCUCCACUCCGCCCCGGUGUCCAUUUCUCUCUGGUGGUGGAGAAAGAGGAGGAGCAGCAGAAGGAGGAGGUGGAUUGGGUUGUUAGUUGAGGCGAGGAGGAGGAGACGGCUAGGUUG